AUGAAGGAUUCUGUUCUCUUGACGCGAUAUGCUGAUAGGCUAUCGCUAAGUUACGAAUUGAUUACAGCGACGCAAUCCACCAUUGUCGACGCCGAAAUGUGUCUCGCCAUGGCGUUAUGCUCUGACAUAGAACGCUUGAAGAUACAGAUCUCAGACGAUCAGAUUAUUGGGCAUACGAGGCAUUUCGAACUUCUGUACUCCUUGUUGGACAGCUCUAAGCAUGAAGAAAUCUUCCCGAAGCUGCGAUAUCUUGAUAUCGACAAGACUCAAUGCAUCAAGUUCAGCCUUUGUGAUCCUGAGCCAAUCCUUCUUCUGCGUGGUGCACCCCAUCUCCAGACACUGAUCCUCCAAGGUCCUGGGGGCGAGAGACACGCUAAUCAGAAUAGCGACCCGGGCAUCCAGGAAUUCUGCGCUGGUGUGACGAAUAUUACAGAGCUCCAGAUCCUGGGUUUGCCAUUCUUCACAGGUAAUUGGCAAACUCGUGCACUUGAGCGAAUUCUCGGAGCAGCUCAGAAUCUCAAGACUUUCAAAUUUGUCAAUGAUGGCUAUAGCCGUUGGCAUACUCAGGCUCGCUCUCAAAUCUCGCCAGCACAGUUAAUUGAGUUUCUCAGCACACGAACACAACAGUCGCUGCAGCGCCUCAGUCUGAACUUUGACUGCAAGAUGGUGCCCAGUCAGCGUAACCUUGGGCAACCUGACCCCAUCACGCCCCAGCAGAUCAAGCAGUUGACAAAUAUAAAUACUCUCGAAAUGGAUCACUCAUGCUACUACAGCCACGUGGUCCGACGGAACGGAGAGGAAAUAAUCUUUGAACAAGAAACAUACCUGGUCGAUUUCCUCCCGCAGACAGUUCAAAGUCUGAUCAUCUUCUUCAAUCGAUCGUUGAGGUACGACAUUCUGGAUGAUAUCACGUAUCUAGGCCAACAAACUGUUGCUGGGGACUUUCCGAGCCUGAGGAGGGUUCAGCUUGAUGCUCCUAUUCGAUAUACAAUGCCCGGGAGUAACAGCUGGGAUGAUGAUUGUGAUAAUGAGCAACUGGCGAAACUGUCGUCGGAAAUGGAUGUGCGCAGGGAGGAGUUUCAAAAGGCAUUUGCUGGGUCAGGUGUUGACACGCAGUUUAGGACAUGGUAUAUCUGGGAGGAAGGAUGGUAA